CUCCCAUCCCGUAUAAAACCGACAGGCCAACCCCUUGUCUUCCUCUUUCUGUUACCUGGCUAGGGGCAGCAGCGUCGGCCGUGAAUAACCCAGAAACACCGAAACUACAACAAUGGGAAAGGAAAAGAUCCACAUCAACAUCGUGGUCAUUGGCCAUGUCGACUCCGGCAAGUCCACCUCCACCGGACAUUUGAUCUACAAAUGCGGAGGCAUCGACAAGAGAACCAUCGAGAAGUUCGAGAAGGAAGCCAGCGAGAUGGGCAAGGGCUCCUUCAAGUACGCCUGGGUGCUGGACAAGCUGAAGGCCGAGCGUGAGCGUGGCAUCACCAUCGACAUCGCUCUGUGGAAGUUUGGGACCCCCAGGUAUUACGUGACCAUCAUCGAUGCCCCCGGACACAGGGACUUCAUCAAGAACAUGAUCACCGGUACCUCUCAGGCUGACUGCGCCGUGUUGGUCGUUGCUGCCGGUGUUGGUGAGUUCGAAGCCGGCAUCUCCAAGAACGGCCAGACCCGCGAGCACGCCCUGCUGGCCUACACCCUCGGCGUGAAGCAGCUCAUCGUCGGAGUCAACAAGAUGGACUCCACCGAGCCCCCUUACAGCCAAACCCGUUUCGAGGAAAUCCAAAAGGAAGUGAGCACCUACAUCAAGAAGAUCGGCUACAACCCCGCCGCCGUCGCCUUUGUCCCCAUCUCUGGGUGGCACGGCGACAACAUGGUUGAGCCCAGCAGCAAUAUGACCUGGUUCAAGGGAUGGAAGGUUGAGCGCAAGGAGGGAACUUCGAAUGGCGUCACACUGCUGGAGGCUCUGGAUGCCAUCCAGCCGCCAUCUCGUCCCACCGAAAAGCCCCUGCGUCUGCCCCUGCAGGACGUCUACAAGAUCGGAGGUAUUGGAACAGUACCCGUUGGUCGUGUUGAGACCGGCAUCAUCAAGCCCGGCAUGGUCGUCACCUUCGCUCCCUGCAACCUGACCACCGAGGUAAAGUCCGUGGAGAUGCACCACGAGUCUCUGCUCGAAGCCAUGCCCGGUGACAACGUUGGAUUCAACAUCAAGAACGUGUCGGUCAAGGAAAUCCGUCGUGGAUACGUGGCUGGAGACAGCAAGAACGACCCACCCAAGGGAGCUGACACCUUCAACGCCCAGGUCAUCAUCCUGAAUCACCCCGGUCAGAUCUCCCAGGGUUACGCCCCCGUGCUGGAUUGCCACACCGCUCACAUUGCCUGCAAGUUCAGCGAGCUCAUUGAAAAGAUUGACCGUCGUUCCGGCAAGAAGCUUGAAGAUGCACCCAAGUUCGUCAAGACUGGAGAUGCAGCCAUCAUCAAACUGCUCCCACAGAAGCCCAUGGUUGUGGAGCCCUUCGCCAGCUACCCUCCCCUCGGUCGUUUUGCCGUGCGUGACAUGAGGCAGACGGUGGCCGUCGGCGUCAUCAAGACUGUCGACUACAAGGAGGUUUCCGGAAAGACAACCAAGGCUGCCGAGAAGGCCCAGAAGAAGAAAUGAACGGUCGUGCAGGACAUCCAGCAACAAGAUGUGUGCCGGCAGCAGCGGGCCACUCCUUCCUCUCUGUCCUGCCCUUACCCUGGAUCAUCUUCUUUAUGGCACAGCUCUCUGCUCAAGGACUGGCUUAUGCUGAUUAAAACCCAUCGCAAAAGUUUCCGCAGGAAAAAGAACUAUGCCGCUUCUCAGUUAAGUUUAAGUUGGAAAUGUUGUUUCAAAAAUGCCACAUUUAAUUGGAAAGAAAGCUGCUGGUAACUAAUAAAUAAAUGUCUUUGAAAAAAUUGAAA